UGUUUGUUUUAUCUGGUGAACAGAACCUGAUCUCUGGAGCACAGAGACCCAUGUAAUCUAGAAAGUUAUCUGGGCUCUCUUGGGCCACUUUGCCACAAGACACACACAUUUGUAUUGGCAGACACAGGUCUUCUAGCGCUGUCCGGUGUUUUAAUAUUUCUUCAAAAACCUUACCUUGCUGAAGAGUCUCCAUUCUGAAAAGAACAUGGCCUGCUGCACCCGCAUCGUGGCAGUCUGGAUUUUUCUCCUUCAUGGCCUCAUCACAGGUUACCCUGGGAAAAGAAGUUCUGAAUCAGAAGAUAUCAGAAACUGUACAAUCACCCCUCCGCACUUGCCUCCUACAGUCACCAAUACAAGUGAGCGCCUGAGCACCCUGCGGCAGCACAUGCAAUCUCGCAACCUCUCUGCCUACAUCAUCCCUGCCACGGAUGCACACAUGAGUGAGUACAUUGGUGAACGCGACAAGAGGCUAUCCUGGAUGACAGGCUUUACAGGAUCAUCAGGGACCGGUGUGGUCACUUUGCAGAAGGCUGCCCUCUUCACUGACAGUCGCUACUGGACCCAAGCUGAGCGCCAAAUGGAUUGCAACUGGGAGCUGCAGAAGUCACUCUGGAUCAACUCUAUUGGGCAGUGGAUUCUUCAAGAAGUUUCAGCUGGGGAGAGGAUUGGAUUGGAUGCCUUCCUCUUUUCUAUUGAUAACUGGGAGAGCUACAACCAGGUCCUGGAGGGUUCCGAUAUUAUCCUCGUUCCCCUAGAGGACAACCUGGUGGACCAAGCAUGGGGGGCACAGAGACCUCCUCCUCCCACCAACACCAUCUACCAACUCCAUGACAACUUUGUUGGGAGCAGUUGGCAAGAGAAGAUUUCUGUUAUCCGGACUCAGAUGGAGAAUCAUGGCAGGAAGCCCACAGCAGUCCUGCUGUCUGGUCUCGAGGAAACUGCCUGGCUCUUCAAUCUUCGGGGAGAUGACAUCCCUUACACACCUGUCUUCUAUGCUUACACACUUCUCACCAAGACAGAUAUCAGUCUGUUUGUGAACCAGAGUCGUCUGAGCAAAGAGGCAUCCCAGUCGCUGGUCUCUCAGUGCCCAGGGCCCCUGUGUGUGCAGGUGGAAGACUAUGAUCAAGCAAGCACAAGUCUGAGAAAGUAUGCCCAGCAGGAUGGCGUUCGAAUCUGGAUUGGGACUGAAUACACCAACCUAGGACUCUACCGAGAAAUCCCCCUGGAAAAACUCUUGGCAACGGAUUACUCUCCUGUCAUGAUCACCAAAGCAGUCAAGAACUCCAAGGAGCAAGAGAUGCUGCGAGCUGCCCAUGUACGAGAUGCCAUUGCAGUGAUUCGGUACUUGGUCUGGCUGGAAAAGAACGUUCCCACCGGUUCUGUGAAUGAAAUCUCUGGCGCCCGUUAUGUGGACCAGUUGCGUAGCGAAGAAGCUUACUGCCAGGGACCCAGCUUUGAGACCAUCUCCGCCACUGGUCUGAAUGCAGCUCUGGCCCAUUACAGCCCAUCCAAUGCUACCUCCCGAAAGCUGACUGUGAAUGAAAUGUACCUGCUGGACUCAGGGGGCCAAUAUUUCGAUGGAACAACAGACAUAACCCGGACUGUCCACUGGGGGGAGCCCACAGAUUUUCAGAAGGAAGCUUAUACCCGUGUGCUGAUGGGAAACAUUGACCUGUCCAGGCUCGUCUUUCCACCCAGAACUUCAGGGAGAGUUGUGGAGGCCCUUGCUCGCCGAGCCUUAUGGGAAGCUGGACUCAACUACGGCCAUGGCACUGGUCAUGGCAUUGGCAACUUUUUGUCUGUUCAUGAGUGGCCUGUGGGCUUUCAGGCCAACAAUGUGCCCUUGGAAAAAGGCAUGUUCACCUCCAUAGAGCCAGGUUAUUACCAGGAUGGUGAGUUUGGGAUCCGCCUGGAGGACAUUGCGGUUGUGGUGGAAGCAAAGACCAAGUACCAAAUUUCUGAAGAGCCCUACCUGACCUUUGAGGUGGUGUCCCUAGUGCCCUAUGAACGGAACCUCAUUGAUGUGAACCUCCUGUCCUCGGAUCAGAUCGAAUACAUCAACAGGUAUUAUGAGUCCAUCCGUGAGCACAUCGGCCGUGAGCUACAGAGACGCAACCUGGAUGAGGAAUACCUGUGGCUGGAGCAGAACACAGAGCCCCUUUCUGACACCAACCUGCUGACAACAUCCCUAAGUACCCUGGCUGUAGGCACCUUGACCUCUACGCUUCUGCCUAGGGUGUAGGGCUGAGUUUGGGGCAUUAUACCACCUCACUGGUCCACAUCACUGCACUUAAGCCUGCCUCUCCUCCAAACUUAGCCUACAGUUAGCAGCCAUCUAUGGCUGCCGGAUGCUGUUGCUUCCAAAGCCUCCUCCCCAUCAAGCCUCCUUACAGGACAAAAUAUAUGCAGAAAGCCCUUGAUCUACAGAGAUCCAGUCCACUCUGAGAAUUUGGAGAAUCUGUGCUCAUCUAUACCUAUAUCCAUUAAAGGGUUCUGCUGUUAGGCCGUAAAAAGAAGGACCUGGGGUGUCCAUGUCUGAAAGUUCAUUUGAUGCCCUUUUUCAUUCUUACUGCAUUAUGUGUCAGUGUCAUUUCCCCCCUAGUUAAGGGGGGGAAAUACAUCUGUAUGUAAAUACGGCACACAGAAAAAGAUACAUCCCUAUUUGACAUCAGCAAUAUAUACAGCAGUAUAUAUAGCCCCAAAGAAAAAGAAAAACCCGAAAGGAGGAAAUAAUGUACUUGAUUCCCUUGAGUCAGCAGCCUAUCUGCUAAGGGAUUGUCUUCUUCACGUUUCACCAACUAACAUGGAGCAUCUAUGGCUGUCUCAGCCUGGUUCCCUCCAGAUUUUGGACUACAGUUCCCACAAUCCCUUGUCCACUGGCCAUGCUUGUUGGGACUAAUUGGGAGUUGUUGUCCAACAACAUCUGGAGGGCACCAGACUGGGGAAAACAUCAAUUUGGAUUUUCUGUGGAUUGCCAUUUUCUCCAAUUGAGGUUUAAAAGAAUGGGGGGUUUUGCAGAGAAAGCUCCUAAGCAAAAACAAAAACAGGUGCUUUGACAUGAAGCUUUAAAGCACGGACUGUUCCUGGGAAGAACAGAGGAAAGGUAGAUGUGGAUAAGCCCAAUUUCAAGUGCAUAUUGUAACUUCAGUUUUGUGCAAUUAAAGUGGGUCUAAGAGUUCAUUUGCCUUUGCUCAAUAAAUCCACUUUUAAAAAAAGACUUUUUGCAGUUUGAAAAGCAAUAGAGAAAUGCCUUGAAAGUGUGGCUUGAAAGAAUGAUUAGCUAGAUGCAUAAACACCUGCAAGCAAAUCAAGAUGAAUGCGGGACAAACAUUCAUUGUUGUAUAAAACCACCUUGCAAACAGAUCAAAUGUCAUAUAUUUUCUUCCCUCUUACUGCACUUACGAUCAUGAUCUCUGCCCUGCUGCAAUUUGGGGGUGGGGGUGAGGACAGAGAAACAGAUCUGAAAACAAUGCUAUUUGGAUAAGGAACGGGUUAAAGUGUAUUCCUAGAGAGGAAAGAUGGACCAUUGAGAAGGAAAUGUUUAGAGCAACCCAUACAGGGCAUAACCAGACAAAAUAGCUGUGCAGUAGACCAUCUGCACUUGGGGAAAAUGCACAGCAAUUCCAUUAUGCUUUAAAAGUCCGAUUUUCUGAGGUGGGAGGAGGGCGAAUGGACCAAAACAUGAGAGGAGCAUAUUUUUAUCAUGGCGUCAUGUAGGUGUCCCAUAAAAAGCAAAUGAAC